AUGCGAAUAUUGGAACUUUUUUGCUCUUCUGUUCUCAUCCAAUUUAAUGGUGUUGCAGGUAAAAGUAAUGGGAAAGGGUACUAUAUAUAUCAAAAGGGAAGCAAGGCAAAACCUGAUCCAUCAGUUCUACCAAUUAUUGACGAAUCUAGGAAGCUUGCCAAUGUGAUGCCUGGAGGAAAGCCUAUAUCUGUCACUGACCAAGAAGUUGUUGAGAUGAUUCUCUUUCCCGUGGUAAACGAGUCAUGCCGUGUGCUGGAUGAAGGAAUUGUGAUACGAGCAUCAGACCUAGACGUUGCAUCUGUUCUUGGAAUGAGUUUCCCCACUUACCGUGGUGGUAUUGUAUUCUGGGCGGAUACAAUUGGGGCUGACUACAUAUAUAAAAAGCUCAAAAAAUGGUCAGAAGCUUAUGGUAACUUCUAUAAGCCAUCAAGGUUUUUGGAAGAAAGAGCAUUGAGAGGAAUACCACUGAGUGCACCGACCUCAACGUCUUCAGCUUCAAAGUCACGCCUCUAGGCAAAGUGUAUCUGCAGACGCCAAAGCUUUAGCAUGUAAAGAGUUGCAGAAAAUAAGCACUGUUUGGCGGCCAAAUGGGAACAAAGUUCCCAAUGUGAAGGGAAGGUGGAGAAAUUACGAGGAAUGGGGAUAUGGGUUCCUAGAUGGUUGUCACUAGUAGCACAAUCGGAUCUAUAAGUUUCUACAUUUGUUGUUUUUAGUGUGUACACUUUUUUUUAGUGUUUACACUGCGCGAUACAACUUGAUCCAGAGCAAUUGGCCUCUUGUGUAGUGGUUCUUAGGGUGAAUCAUUUUUAUUGGGUUUUAAUUUAUUGAUGAGUGCACUUUUUCUUCAUGUCA